AUGAACGCCAUCCAUGACAAGUGCCGGCCGAAACACCAAGUCUUGGUGCUCAGGUGCUACCCAAAGGUCACAAAGGGGGCCGUGGACGUCGUCCCCAACAGCAGUGAGCUGAGCUAUCUCCUUUUCUAUGCCACCAGCCGUCGCUCCAAGAUCCAAAAGAUUGGCGCCUUUCUCGAGAAGAAGACCGCCAACGAUCUCUGGCGCAUGCGAAUUGGAAAUGUUCAGGUCACGCUGGGUAUACUGGGUGCUCUCGUCGAAAGGUCCCCCAAGGAAGCUGCCCUGGUCGCGCCGUGCGUCCUCAGGAUACUCGACCUGAUUCUACGCUCCGACGAAAUCACCAUGGUCGAGUCAUCGCUGCCCACCUUUGAGGCCUUCUGUGAACACCACGACGUGUCCUCUCUAUUUGGUGACAAUGCUUACCUGCAGCAAUACCAGUCCGUGGUCCGAUCUUACGCUCAGCUGGCCUCGACUCGACACGUGCCAAACAAGGGUGGUCCCGUCAGCAAACCAUUGCAGAUUCGCUGGCGGAACGCGGGCCUCGGGGCCAUCAAGCACAUUGCUGCCUCGGACGCCCUAUCGUCCGUCUCUGGUAGACAGAUCGACGUCAUCGUGCCCAUGAUCCUCGAGAACAUGUGGACCAGGGAUGAUACAUAUCUAGACACGUUGCUGCAGCGCGUGCAGAUGGGCGAAAAAUCCGACCACGAGAGGCCCCAUCGCCGAAUGAGUAUGGCCACUGUCCGAACUGCCGAUACUGCGGGCGACACUAAUCCUGUCGCACUCUCCGGCACCGCCUUGGACGUCGACAAUCUCGCCGAGGAGGAAACUGGAGUCCUGGCUACGAAAUGCUUGAAGAGCAUCUUCAUCGUCCCUAACAGGGCGCAGAUUUACGGAGCCACCAACGCAUUGCUCAAGUUUGUCUCCAGGAGAAUUGCAGAAGGGGAGACUCUGGUCACCACCGAUAGAGCACCCGGCCGUGGCGACUCUGGCUGGGCCAUCAAGCUUUACGACAUCGUCUCCCGUUGGACGCCUGUGCAGGAUCGAUACGUCAUUCUCGUUGCGACGCUUGACAUGUUGAACAAGACGCCCAUGCGAGAGGAGAGCUUAUCGCAGCGUUUGACCUUUACAGCCAUGAUGCAGUCCCUGCUUUGCUCAGAUGUCAAUCUGAUUGGCCUCAGCGUCAUGGAUGUCCUUGUCGGCCUCGUCAAGCAGAUCCAGAAGCUGUUCCACUUGCAUCAGGGAUCCGCUCAAGACAGCAGCCAGAGCGAGGAGAAGACUGAUACGGACCCUGAGGCUGCUGCUCGCACCCAGCACGAACUUCUGGUGAGGUUGGAGGACUGCACCAGUGAUCUUGCCAAUCAUGUCUACUAUGCCGACCAAAUCUCGGACAUGAUUGCGGCUCUGGUUGGUCGUAUCAGACACAGCCGAGCUGCAAGUGUGGCAUUAGAUGCUGGUGCUGAUGCAAAUGGUGCUUCUGCGGUUGACCUGUCGCCAAGCCAGACCUUGCAAGAGGAUUGUUUUGCCCAUUCCCAUGGCCGAUUGUCAGCUUUGAGGAUCAUCAAGGCUAUCCUUCUUAUUGCUAGUCCCAAGACGGGCCUCAGCGGCAAUAUGGAUCUGGCCAGAAACCGGGUUCCCAUGCAGGUAUGGGAAGGCACGCAAUGGCUCCUUCGAGACCCCAGUGGAAGCGUUCGCAAAGCAUACGUGGAUGCAUUGGGUGUCUGGUUGGAUCGCGAAAUUGUGUAUUCGAAUCAGAUUGCUACGGAUGACGCCAUUUCUCCUCACCAUGACAUCAAGAAUGGCCACCAUGUUGCGAGCACUCGCAGGGCAGUUUCGAACCCAUCGACCCGUGAGCGCCACCACAAAGCACAACGGUGCCGGUUCCUGUCUCUUCUCCACCUCGCGAUUUAUGACAGCGCAUUACAGUUCGUGGAUUACGACAACGACAUUGUUCUCCUGCACGGCCUGCUCACCGAGCUUGUCUUCAAGCUCGGAGUCAAUGCGACCCGAUGCGGUAUUCCCAUGGUGUACAGGCUGCAGGAGGAUAUUCAGGAGCUGGAGCAGCCCAUUCGCAAAGUGCGCAUCGCCUCGCUCUGCCACGGCUACUUUUGGGCCUUGACAGAGAAGUUUAGCUUUGAGUCGUCGGUGGUUGGCAGAGCAGUGUACAACGAAAUCAACAGGCGGAAGAGGAAGGGGUUCUGGGUAGAAGGGGUGCAUGUUCCGGCUUCUGCGCCCAGUCAGAUUGGAACCCCCGGGGAGGCAAGACCGCACCCGAACUGGGAUCUCAGUAUGCUAGAAUCGGAAGAGCUCUUACCGUUUGAUGAUCGAUCCUCCAUCGUGGAAUGUAUCAGCACCAGCUACGAGCACACUGACUGGUCGCAACCGCCCAACAGUCCUGCGGCCUCACCAGGCCGGAAUCUCAACCCGCCUAUUCUCGGUUCCAACGCUGGCGUCGGGGUGUCUCCUGAGAAGGGUUUGGAGCUGCCACCCCGAGUAAGGGCGCAGAUGCUGGCUGAGUGGACGAGGGAUUCUGCUCUGGCCGCCAUCAGCGCCGCCGGCAAGACUGAAUCGCUUGCCGGAUCAAAGACAGGCACCACGGGUACGACGCAGAACCGUCUCACCAUUAAUACUGCCGGCGCCGCGCUCAACGGCAGUGGUCACUUGCCCAGUUCCCCACGUGGAAGCAACCACAAAUGGCGCCCUCAUACCGCUCACGCGCAUGGAGAUCGAUGGACUUUUGCAUCCAAGGUGCGAAAUUCGAGCUUUACGGGAGGAAUGACACCGGCAGGCUCGACAUCGGGCAUAUUGGGCGUUGCAUCCGUGGAGCAGCUCAAGAUGGUUCUGGCAGGCAAAGCACCCGCGCAGGCUGUUGGUACCACUAUUCCCGUCAAGGACGACGACAGCGAUGAGAGCAUGGUCAGCUGCGAGUACAGCAUAUCCGAGAAAAGUUUUAACACUGGUGCUUCCCAGACGGAUGGCCCUGCCACGACAGGCGAGGCCCUCGCACGAUCGAUCUCGGCGUCGGCAUCGCUUAAAGGCGGCCCGUUGUCGUCUAAUGUAGCCUCGCACGACGGCGGGCUAGAUGACGACGAAGUACCUCCUGUACCACCGUUACCCAACUUGAGCUCGCUUUCCACCAGGGUCGGCAUGCAAUCAAUUGAGUCGCCGUCGAGCAAGCGCGCUCUCGCCAGCCGCGGAGGUGAGAGUCUACGGUCGCACCCCAUGCGGGUCCGUGAAGAGAGCAGCAGGAGCAUGGAUUUGCAAAACCUCUUGAGAGGAAUAGACAGCCGGUCAGGCGAAGGGAGCCUGGUCAAUCUCACGAAACCACCGUAUUAG